CCCAAGCUACAGCGCAGUACGCGUUAUUCAGUGGCCGUCGCUGGACGGACAUCUAUUUAAGUCACAGAUUAGUUAAUCAAAUUAGUCCCCUUCGUUCCAUAAGCGAUGGGACGCGACGGGUUGUUGCUCGUGUCGGUCACUUUGAUAGCGCUGACCGUUUCGCCGGCGGUAUUGGAAGCCAAAAGAAGUUUUAUCAAUCCGUAUCCUCGGUUUGCGGCGUUGCCGCUCGCCCCGAACGACGAUGUCGGAGAGCCACUGUUUCUGACACCGUUCAUCGCUAACAAAUCGCUCGAUGAAGGGCGUAAGGCGGCCCGCGUCGUCCACUCCGCCAUUCCGACCGAUGUCGAAAGCUACUCCGGCUACCUGACCGUCGAUGCGGCCACCAACUCGAACCUCUUCUUCUGGUACUUUGUGGCGAAACUGGACCCCGCUGCUCCGGUGGUGCUUUGGCUGCAGGGUGGUCCCGGGGCAUCGUCACUGUAUGGUCUGUUUACGGAAAAUGGCCCUUUUUCGGUCAGCAGCAAGAUGAAGCUGGUGCCGCGCAAGUACAGCUGGCACCUACACCAUCAUCUCAUCUACAUUGAUAACCCCGUCGGAACCGGGUUCAGCUUCACCGAUAAGGAUGAAGGGUACUCGACGAACGAGACGCAAGUUGGGGCGAAUCUCUACACUGCCCUGGAGCAGUUCUUCACCCUAUUUCCCGAUCUGCGGUCCAAUCCGUUCUUCGUGACCGGUGAAUCGUACGGAGGAAAGUACGUUCCGGCCGUGGCGCACACAAUCCAUCGGAAUAAUGACAACGCGAAGGUACCGAUUAAUAUGCAAGGGAUUGCAAUCGGUAACGGCCUUUGCGAUCCGUUCCAUCAGCUCGUGUACGGAGACUACCUCUACCAGCUCGGGUUGAUCGAUUCGAACGUUCGCGAUCAGUUCCACCAGUACGAGGCGAAGGGUCGCGACUGCAUCUCGAAGCAGGACUUUGACUGUGCGUUCGACGUGUUCGACGAGCUGAUCAACGGUGACCAGUACCCGAGCGGAUCGCUGUUUAAGAAUGCGUCCGGGUUCACGACGUACUUCAACUAUCUCGAGACGGCACCGGACCCGUCGGACGAUUAUAUGGGCAAGUUCUUACAGUUGGCGGAAACGCGCAAAGCGAUCCACGUUGGUAACAAUUCGUUCCACGACCUCGAGGGCGAGAACAAGGUCGAGGAGCACUUGAAGCAGGACGUGAUGCGAUCGGUGAUGCCCUAUCUGAAUGAACUGCUGACGAAGUACAGGGUGGUGAUCUACAACGGGCAGCUGGAUAUCAUCGUCGCGUACCCGCUGACGAUGAACUACGUCACAAAGCUCAACUUCCCCGGGAAGGACGAAUACAAGACAGCCGUCCGGAGGAUCUGGAAGGUGGAUGGCGAAAUUGCUGGAUACGCGAAAGAGGCGGGCAAUCUGGUAGAGGUGUUGGUGCGUAACGCGGGUCACAUGGUUCCGAAAGAUCGCCCGAAAUGGGCCCUCGAUUUGCUGAUGCGGUUGACCCAUGGUAAAAGUUUUGCGUAAGGUUAGCACAGGCACGUUACCAGGUGAUGGCAUUUUUUCUGCUCUCUAGUGGUCCGUGAAUAAAUAUAAAAAAUUUGAUGAUUUCAACGGCAAAUACAUUGGCAUGUCUCUUCGGAGUGGUUUCAUUGAACAUUCCGGAUUACUUUA